GGAGGAAACAACUGUGCAACACGGCGGAGCCUCCAACUCUCUCGUCAGUCUGGAGCGGACCGGUGCUCCUUGGUUCUGGAGCAAGCAAGCAGCGGGCUCACCUCCCGGGCUGACAUGAGACAGGACACUGCUCUACACAGCCCCCUCUUCUCGCUCCAGUAGAACACCUGGUUCGCGGCUCCAAACUUUCGGCGGGUUCUCCGCUUCCUCUCGCCCGAGCAGCGUUUCUUCCGCUCGGCCUGUGAACUCUUCCCGACACAUGUGAACCGGCCACCGCCAGGUGACGCUAGUUUUGGAGCCGGAGAGGAGCGGCGGCGAGCACCGUCAUGGAUCUAGCAGCAGCAGCAGCCGGAGAGAAGCGGCGGAGCGCCGGCAGGAGGAACACCGGGGUUAGGAACCUACAACCAGCGCCGCUCAUCGCCUGUUUGAUCCUCUUCCAAGCUCUGUCCGUCCACGCUGUUGCCCUCCAGUUCACCAAAGAGCCCAAGUCCCAGGAUGCAUUGCACGGCCGCAGCGCCAUGCUCCGCUGCGAGGUCAGCGACCCGGCUGACAUCACCUACGAGUGGCUCCAUGACGGUCAGCGGCUGGAACACACCGAGCGGCGUUUCCAGGAGGGCGGCAACCUCAAGUUUGCCGCCGUGGAUCGGCUCCUGGACGCGGGGAACUUUGAGUGCGUGGCCCGGAACCAGGUCACAGGAGAGGAGCUGCACUCCACCAACGCCUCCUUCAAUAUCAAGUGGUUGGAGAGUGGUGGCGUGACAUUAAAGGAACCCGCUUCAGAGGGCGACAUCGAGAGCUCUGAGCCCGUCACGCUGCGCUGUCACAUUGAUGGACACCCACGGCCCACGUGCCAGUGGUUCAAGGACGGGGUCAAGCUGACCGAAAAAAGCCAUCAGAUCAACAACAAAGAGCGGACCAUUACCUUCAAAAGCGCCAGUCCGGACGACAACGGCCUCUACUACUGCUGUGCCAAGAACGCCGCCGGGCACGUUUGCAGCAACAACAACUUCACCCUCAACAUCAUCGAUAAGAGCUUCCCUCGGCCUGUGAUCGCACCUGAGGACCAGGUGGUUCUGAAGAACGAGGAGGCGGUCUUCCACUGUCAGUUUACCGCCGUGCCGCCGCCGACAUUGGAGUGGUACCAUGAAAACGAACUGCUGCUCAACAAGUCUCGAGUCUUCCUGCUCUCCAAUGGCUCUCUGCACAUCACCCAAGUCAAACCUCGGAACACAGGAAAGUACAAGUGUGUGGGACGCAGCCUGACUGGAUCCCAAGUGGUACAAGAGGCCUCUCUGCUUAUCGCUGAGAUCGAAGAUAUGCUGCCAAAGAUGUCGAAGGUCUUCAGCGCAGACACGCAGCAGCGGGUGUCCUGUCGCCCCCCGCGGGGGAGACCGGAACCCCAGGUGUGGUGGGAGAAGGGCGGUCAGAGGAUUCCCGCAGAGGGCCGCGUCUACCAGGACGGCUUCUAUCUGGUCUUCAACCCGACAGAAGCAGGAGACUCGGGGCUCUACACCUGCGUAGCUCAGAACAAGGCCGGACGCAAGACGCAGGAAGUCACCUUCACCAUUGCCACGCCCCCUGUCUGGGUGACCAGACCUCAGGACAGCCGACUGGAGGAAGGGAAGCCAGGCUACCUCCACUGUCAGGCUCAGGCCACCCCAGAACCGGAGGUCACCUGGCUCCGCAACAACAUCCAGAUCACACCAGAGGACUCGCGCUUCAAGCUUUUCCCCAACGGCACACUGAGGAUCAACAACGUGGAAGUGUAUGAUGGGCAGAUGUACGGCUGUGAGACCAGGACGGAAGGUGGACGACUGUCCGGGCAGGCCAGAGUCACCGUGCUGGAGAAGCUGAAGUUCACCCCGACCCCCCAGCCGACCCAGUGUCUGGAGCUGGAUAAGGAGAUCACCAUCCAGUGUUCGGCCAAGGGGCGAGAGAGUCCCACCAUCCGCUGGGUCAAAGCAGACGGAGGAGAACUGCCGCCCCAUGUGAAGCAGAAGAACGGACAGCUUCACUUCAGUAAAGUCACACGCAGCGAUGCCGGCAACUACACCUGCGUCGCCUCCAACAGCCUGCAGGGGGAGAUCCGAGCGUUGGUGGUGCUGACUGUUGCUGUUUACAUCCAUUUUAAAGUGGAGCCGGAGAACACGACGGUGUACCAGGGUCACACGGCCGUCCUCCACUGCCAGGCCUCCGGGAACCCUGAGCCUCACAUCCACUGGAUGGUCAAAGACAAGAUGCUGGACAUCAACAAGAGCAGACGGUUCCAGAAGAUGCCCAACGGCUCCCUGAUCAUCUCUGACGUGACCACCGACGACACGGGCCGCUACACGUGCGUGGCAGGGAACAGCUGCAGCAUCAAAGACCGCGUGGCUCAGCUGUAUGUGGUCGACAAGCCUGCGCUCAUUGCCGAGGACGACAUGGACAAAGCACCCUACAAGAUGAUUCAGACCAUCGGCCUGCUGGUGGGCGCCGCCGUGGCUUACAUCAUCGUGGUGCUCGGCCUCAUGUUCUACUGCAAGAAGAGACGCCACGCCAAACGGCUCAAGGGCCAGGAGGGAGAGGAGCCUGAGAUGGAGUGUCUGAACGGAGGACCCCUCCAGCAGAACGGCCACACCACCACUGAGAUCCAGGAGGAAGUCCCGCUCACCAGCAUGGGCACCGUGGCACCCAGCGAGAAGCGCAACAGCAACAUCAGCCACGAUAAGCUGCACUUCCCGCGCGCCAACCUGCAGACCAUCACUGCUCUAGGGAGAGGCGAGUUCGGCGAGGUGCUGCUGUCCAAAGCCAAAGGGAUGGAGGGGCAGGAGGAGGAGACGGUGGUGCUGGUGAAGAGCCUGCAGAGCAGAGAGGAGCAGCUGCAGCUGGACUUCCGCAGGGAAGCAGAGAUGUUCGCCAAGCUGAGUCACCCCAACGUUGCCCGGCUGCUGGGUCUGUGCAGAGAGGCCGAGCCCAACUACAUGAUCCUGGAGUACUACGACCUGGGAGAUCUGAAGCAGUUCCUGAGAAUAUCCAAGAACAAAGACGAGAAAGUAAAAUCCCAGCCGCUCAGCACCAAGACCAAAGUUUCCAUCUGCGCUCAGGUGGCUCGUGGGAUGGAGCAUCUGUCCAACCACCGCUUCGUCCACAAGGACCUGGCGGCUAGAAACUGCCUGAUCAACAGUCAGAGACGCGUCAAAGUGUCUUCGCUCAGUCUCAGCAAGGACGUUUACAACAGGCAGUACUAUCACUACAGACAAGCGUGGAUCCCGCUGCGCUGGCUCCCGUCAGAGUCUGUUUUCGAGGACGACUACUCCACCAAGUCCGACGUCUGGGCCUUCGGAGUGUUGAUGUGGGAGGUCUUCAGUUUCGGGGAGAUGCCGUACACCAAGCUGAGCGACAAUGAAGUGUUGGAAGGUCUGCAGUCGGGGAAGCUGAAGCUGCCCGUUCCAGACGGCUGUCCGUCCAAGAUGGCCAAGCUCAUGGUCAGCUGCUGGGCCCCCAGCCUGAAGGAGCGUCCCUCCUUUGGCGACAUCGUCCAGAAGCUGGGCGAGCUGCCGUCAGACACCAAAGUCUGAGAGGCAGCGAGAAGGACCCUCAUGCUGGAUGACAUUUCAGGGAACACGGUUGAGGAGACUUUUUACAAAUAUAUAUAUAUGCAUUUCAAUAUUCGAGUGUGAGAGACUACUCUGUCAUGGACACACGCUCAGGAGUUUUGCCUUAACAUGUGAUCGACCCGCCUGACUCCCUGGAGACUCAACCGAGCACCACGACCUCUGUGCCUCACACACACUCCCACCUUCACCACCUUCUCGGCUCGUGUGUCUGUCUGUCUGUCUGUGUGUGUGUGUGCACUGGUUUCCCACCUCUGUGUUCGUCCAGGGUCGUCUGUUACACGCCAAGGAACUUUUAAAAUCUUUGUGUUGCUUUUGUGUAUUUUUUUUUUUAACUUCAAGGUGCUUUUCGAUCACAACCUUGAUCAGGAUUUGUAAAUGAAACUUGUAGUCUGAGGUCCAGCCACAGCUUCUCACCUGGCCCGAUGUUUUUUUUGUUUGUUUUUUUACUCUGUGCAAUGCUGCAUGUUUGGACCGUCACCAGGCGGAUGUGUACAUAAGUAGAAGCCAUGCACUAACUUCACUUAAUGGAAUAUCCCUCGUCGAUAGAAGGACUCGGCAGGCGCCUCU